UCAGAGCCGGCGGUGCCCCUCUCCAAGAUGGCCGACUGACGGUUAUUGUAUUCUGUCAGGCGGUGAGGGGUGAAAGGCGGCGGGUGGCCUCUCUCGGCGCCGGGAAGAUGGCAGAGAGCGAGCGGCAGGCCGAAUCGCCCUCGGAGGCGCUGCCACCUCCCCAGCAAAAAUUCAUGAUCCCCCAGAAGGAGAUCAACAUGGUUCCCGACAUGGCCAAGUGGAAACGCUCUCAGGCUUACGCGGACUACAUAGGCUUCAUCCUCACGCUGAACGAAGGCGUCAAAGGCAAGAAGCUGACCUGCGAAUACAAAGUCUCUGAGGCAAUAGAAAAGUUGGUCGCUCUCCUGGACACGCUUGACAGGUGGAUUGACGAGACCCCGCCGGUGGACCAACCCUCUCGGUUCGGGAACAAGGCCUUUCGGACUUGGUACGCCAAACUAGACCAGGGAGCAGAAAACCUGGUAGCCACAGUGAUCCCCCAGCAUCUGGUGGAAGCAGUGCCAGAGGUGGCCGUCUACCUAAAGGAAGCCGUCGGCAACUCCACCCGCAUUGACUACGGCACAGGUCACGAAGCUGCCUUUGCAGCUUUCCUCUGUUGCCUCUGCAAAAUUGGUGUGCUCCGGGUAGACGACCAGCUGGCCAUCGUCUUCAAAGUCUUCAACAGGUACCUGGAAGUUAUGCGGAAACUCCAGAAAACCUACAGGAUGGAACCAGCCGGCAGCCAAGGAGUCUGGGGUCUGGAUGACUUCCAGUUCCUCCCCUUCAUCUGGGGCAGCUCGCAACUGAUAGAUCACCCAAACCUGGAGCCCCGGCAUUUCGUUGACGAAAAGGUAGUGAACGAAAACCACAAGGACUACAUGUUCCUGGAGUGUAUCAUGUUCAUUACAGAGAUGAAGACUGGCCCCUUCGCGGAGCACUCCAACCAGCUGUGGAACAUCAGCGCAGUCCCUUCCUGGUCCAAAGUCAACCAGGGCCUCAUCCGCAUGUAUAAAGCUGAGUGCCUGGAAAAGUUUCCUGUGAUCCAGCACUUCAAGUUUGGCAGCCUGCUUCCCAUCCAGCCUGUCACAUCUUAAGGAGGCCGUUUCGGGGACGAGGCGCAGAGAAAGCGGGCCGCAGCCGGCGCUCUUCUCCUCCCUUAACCCCCACCUUGCCACCCCCACAGCCCCUUCUUUCCUGUGGGUUACCUCGUGUUAGCAUAUGGGGCAGGACGAGGUGGGGAAGAAGCACUUGAGGAUCUCGCAUGGAAGGGGGGGGGGGACCCCGUUAAAAUGCAAGAUCUCUGAGUGACCUUGGACCAUGACAAUCCGGCACCGUGUUCCUCGCUGCACCUCCCUGCGGAACCCCCCUCCGUCCCCAGCAUGUUCAGCCUCUCGCCGCUUGUGUUUUAUUUUCGAAGGCCUGCUGUAGACAGCUCUGGGGGGAAAUACAAGUGCUUUAAAUGGAGGGGCGAGGCGUGUAGCGCUAAGACUGUU